AUGGCAUCUAAUAUCAGUUGUCAAUUUGAAACUAUGAAAUCACCUUCUUCAAUAGUAUCAUCCUCAUCUAAAACAAUCAUUAAACCAUCUACGUCACUUAUUUCACCAUUGCAACCGAUAUAUGGUAUUGAUUCUGUAGUUAGUGUUGUAGAAGACUCGAAUAAUGGUGGUAUAUUUUUAUUCGAAACUGAACGUCAUCUUGUAUAUACUAAUAAAUAUACAUGUACAUUGCACACUGUAUGUAUAUUUGGAUGUUGGUUAUGUACCAUUCCAUCAAUUAUUGUUACUAUAUUUGCUCGAAUAGCUGCGAAAAAAAAUCAAAUGACAAAAGCUAAAGUAUUGUUUAAUAUUGCAUUCAUUUUUUCAUUUUUUGGUUUAAUAUUAUUUGCUGUACAAGCAGGAUAUUUAGUAUGGCUUAUACGUUAUCUCUUACAUAGAUUUAUUACUUAA